AUGUUGCGCACUCGCUUUUCCCCCACCCCCGCCUCCUUCCAGGGUGCUGGCGCGGGUCCCUCGCCGUCCGGCGGCGACUGGCGGGAGGCGAGAGGCCAAGCGGAGUCCCCGCGGCGGUCCCGGGUGCGGGCGAGCCCUGCGCGGCGCGCGGGGACCUGGCGCGCUACCACGAGGCCGGGACGCCGGCCGGGCCCGGGGGGCCAUGAGCGGCUGUUUUCCUUGACUGGAAACGUAUUGGGGUGUUGUUGUGGUGUGUGUGUGUGGGGGGUGUUGGGGAGGGAGAGGGUGGUGCCUCUCAGUAAUUUAUGCCGGUCCAGGUCGGUUUGCAAUAAGGGGGAGGGGACUUGGCAGAGACGCCUGCUCCUGGCCGGAGCUGACCCUGGGCUUCUCGCGGCUUCCCCGGGGCCGAGGAAUCUUCUCCCCCCCCUCCACCCCCCACCCCGCACUCCGCUAACCGCGCGCCAGCUGCCACCUUCUUGGAGCAGGACCACACCUGGGUGCAACCCCGCUCCGGAGGCAGCCGCGGUGCUGCCGGGCGCUUGGCGAACGCCGGUGCCCCGCGUCCCGGAAAGUGCCGCUGUCGCGGGCACCGCGGGCACCUCCACCGCCCCCCUCCACCCCCCUUCCCCCCCCCCGGCCCCCACUCCGGCGAGUUGGGGUCUACAGAGGUGUGGGGAUUUUCUCCUUCGUCUGGACCUGCGCGCCCCCCGCCUAGCCGCUAGCCAGCGGAUUGAGAGCGCGCGCCGGGCGCCCCUUGUGAGUCUUGAUCACCCUCCCUCCCACCCCUCCCCAGACGGGGGCUCCUACUGGGGUCGCCCGCCUUUGGCCCACAGCCCCUGCCUGCUCUUCCCCCCACCGCCCAGGAGUCCAGCCCAGAACCAGGCCCGAGCGGCCGUUUCUGGCGCCUUUUCCCCGGGCCCCACCCGGGCCCCACUUGGAUCUGGGGAGCCAGGGAGGCCUCCCAAGCAGAAGGCACACCCAGCCCAGCUCCGGCCCUUCCAGAAGGGAGGAGAAAGCAGGCCCAGGGAAGGGACCCAAGGAUCUCCUUUCGGCCCCCGCGUCCCCCUUGGAAAGCCUCUUCAGAGCCCUGCCUUGGCUGCCGGAGUCUCCCAUUCCCCUCCUUGCCCCCCCCCGCCCCCACCAGUGAUGGAGCUUUGGGGAGGUGAGAGGAAGAGGGAGCCCCUGGCCACCCCUCUUCCCUCGGGAGAGGCCUUCCCCUUCUCCCCCAGACCUCAGGGUCCCGUGAACGUGUCCCGGGUGGAGUGGCUGUGA